ACUGCUAAAGUUCUGGAGGAUGUGAUGAAGACCAGAGAGGGAGGAAAACUGCCAAAGACUCUGACUGAGAUGUACAUAGCAUUCCUGGAGGUUAACUUCGCAAUCAAGAAGGAAAAGUAUGAUGGAGGAAAAAAGAAAAGAUCAAUCUGGAGUCCAGAGAACAAGAAGCUGAUUGAGUCUCUAGGAAAACUGGCUUUUGAGCAGCUGCUGGAGGGAAACCUGAUCUUCUAUGACGAAGAGCUCAAAAAGUGCGGCAUCAACAUCAAAGAUGCUGCGUUGUUCUCAGGAGUGUUCACUGAAAUGUUUAAAAGAGAGAGAGGGACGUGCGACAUCUCCGUCUACUCCUUUGUUCAUCUGAGCAUCCAGGAGUUUCUGGCUGCAGUCUACAUGCUCCACUGUUUCACCAGCAGGAAGUCAGAGGUGAUCAAGACGUUUCUGGGAGAAAAAUACAGAGAAACAUCUCUAGAUGAGUUCAUGAAGAAAGUCAUGAAGAAAUCCCUCAGCAGUAAAAAUGGCCACCUGGACCUGUUUGUCCGCUUCCUUCAUGGUCUCACUGUGGAGUCCAACCAGAGACUCUUAGAAGAUCUGCUGGGUCAGACAGAGAACAGUCCAGGAACCAUCCAGAGAAUCAUCACCAACCUGAAGGAGAUGAACACUGAUAUAAUCUCUCCUGACAGAAGCAUCAACAUCUUCUACUGUCUGGUGGAGAUGAACGACGUCUCAUUUUAUCAGGAGAUCCAACGGCUGCUGGAUUCAGGGAAGAAGCUCUCAGAGACUGACUGUUCAGCUCUGGCCUUCAUGCUGCAGAUGUCAGAGGUUCUGGAUGAGUUGGACCUGGAGAAGUACAACACAUCAGAAUCAGGACGACUGAGACUGUUUCCAGCUGUGAGGAACUGCAGAAAGGCUCGAUUGUUGGACUGCAGUUUGUCAGAGACCAGCUGGACUUCUCUGUUCUCAGCUCUGAAGUCCAAACCGACCCAUCUGACAAAACUGGACCUGAGCAGCACCAACCUGGAAGGUUCUGGAGUGAAGGAGCUCUGUGGUUUUCUACAGACUGAAGGCUGCAGACUGGAGACAUUGAUCUCUGAAGUCCAACCCGACCCGUCUGACAGAACUGGACCUGAGAGGAAACAACCUGAAGGAUUCAGAUGUUCAGCAGCUGAAGAAUCUAGUAGAUUAUCUAUGGUUCUGAUCUCUGUGAAGUAGAAAAUGGUCUCAGUGUCCUGCUGAUCCUCAGAGGUUGAAGCUGCAGCAGUUUGAGUCUAAAGAGACCCUGACUGGAUCAUGAUGAUGACCUCUGACCUCCAAGGUUUUCCUCCCGUUUAUUUUCUCAUGUUGUCAUUUAGUGUCUGAUAUUGUUUGUCUCUUUGGAUCAAUAAAGAUCCAAUUCAAACUGGG